GUCGGGCCGUCCGUCUUGUGUUCACGUGUCCUCCCACACGCGAGAUCAGACCAGACCUGAGCGCUGGGGGGAGGUCCGAGCCGGUCAUUGGCUUUGUCACGGGAGCUUUCGUUGUGGGGCCAAGGCGGGAGAAGGUGGAGAGCUUGGUCGGAACAUGGGACCAUUAGCGCAACAAACGUCACGACACUGACGCAUUGAUGGCUUGGAUUCCACGAUAGAGCACCGACUGACGACGCUGGGGUCAUUCCCGCCACCGACCACGAGGCCCGGCCAGAUCCCUUUCCCCGCUAGGCGCCGGUCGCCCACUGUCGCCGGUCGCGACCGCGAUCAUGAAGCCCAAAGACCUAUCCUCCCUGAGCAAGAUCCUCGGCUCAAUCCAUCAGCCGCUGCCCCUCAAUCAGAAGGAGUCGCAGCGCUUGCUCGACAAAAUCACCACGUCAUUCCGCAAACACCUCGACGAAGAACACCCAGGGUUCACUCCAGAGACUGGGGGCACCGUCAAGUCAUCCGUCUCUCCCGCGACCGCCUCGCGCCCGCAGCCCGCUCCAACCCCAGCCCGGACACGACCGACCGACCACCAUGUUCGGUCCAUCCUGUCGAAUCCGCUGUUCAGCUACGGACCCCCGUCCACCAACGCCGUCGCAGGGUCGGCCAUUCGGGAGGAUGCCAACAGAACCAGCGAUCGCGGGCCCGCGCUGCAGGCAGGACGGGAUCCCAUGGAUGUGUUCGACGAGGCGGUAGCAAGGGGCAUGAUGACCCCCAUGCGGGCGGCAGGCUGUCUGAUGGCCAAGCGCCGCGAGAUCGUUCAGUCGGCCUCGCCGUCGGUCCGCGAUGCCAUGGCUAAGUCCGGUGCAGGUCUCAAGGUUGUGGGGUGGCUACGGGCCUCUGGCCAACAGCGCGAACUUAAGUUCCUCGAAUAUCCCCGGCUCGUCGACGAGCUCGUGCCAUUCCUGAUGGCCGAGCAUCAGGAAGAGGUUGUGUGGAGCUGGUUGGCCGCCCUUGUGCAAGACGAGCAACUCGAGACUACGACCUUCUGUCGGAAACACGCGAAUGGCCUUUUGAUGCGGAUGCUCGACUUCCACAGCGACAACUCUCCGAGUAUGAACGAUGCGUACAAUUGCCUGAUGCGUGCACAAAGGUCUCUCCCCCAGUCCUGGCUUAUCUCGCCAUCCCGCCCGACCGCUGAGGAGCCCGGGCGCGAGGACGAUUUGCUGCUCGCUUCUUGGCACAAACUCAACUGGAAGUCAACCGUCCUGGCCUGGCAGCACCCAUCAAAGCCUUCAAGGCGCCUGUUUGACCAAUUUUCCAAUAUUGGCCACCGCUAUCUGGACCCCAACAACACGGUCAAUCAACUCGAGCUGGCACACCUAGCGCUGCACCACCCAGCAGAACCGAGAUACGGGUUGGCCAUGAAGAUGCUAAACGCCCCGACUACCUGGAGCGAAUGGUACAGCGAACAAAGCAGGAAUCCGGGUCAACUAAUCCCUAGUACGGUGCGCUUGCGCUCACUGGGGAUGGAUGUGACACAAUACUUUGUGAAGCACGGCGAGACCGAUCGGGCAAAAUCCGUGUUUCAGAUCAUUGAAGAGAAACUGCAAGGGACUUUGGCUUAUCACAGUUGGGAGAUUCGCAUGCCAGCUGGGGCAUGAAGUCGUCUUGAGAAUUGAGACUUUCAUAGGAACAUGAUGCCAGCAAUCGCCUCUUCGCCGGCUUUACCUAAUCUCUGUUCCUGUAGCAUUGCCCCCUGGGCCAGCCAGUCAACUUGUCUCUGAUUCAUGCUUAGAACUUGAUAUCUCUGGAGGCAUUUGGGCUGGCAAAUUGGACUCGGAUGGAAACAGCAAGCGCGCUACUGCUUUUUCUAUGGGUGGGAGGACGCUUACAUACAAGAAAGCGCCAGGCGGUUGACUCGACAGAAUGAGUUUACUCACAUUGUGGAGGAGAUAUACCAAGGGGAAAGAUGCAAAGCUUUUGACAAACUGCAAUAGCUGUGCAUAGCGGGAACUUCUCAAAUCCUCCGAGAGGAAUCAUCCGAGCGAAAAUUCAAUAUGGAUUUUCAAUCAAGGGUGACGGGUAUCGGACAGGGAAGGAAAAGCCGGUCGCUAAGCCAGGGCCGUAUAUAAAUACCCAGUAACGACUAAAAAAAGGAAUCCGAUGUCGUGAUCAUCGUGCCCGCCUAGAGAAUCGGAAUAGGCGAGUGUGAAUAAAGCCAAGCCCAUCAUCUUUGGAUGUGUUCAGUCCCAGUUCCUCUCAGCUCUCCUCGUUCACAUGCUCCCUCUCCCCGUCCUCGAGGCCGUUGACGACCCUCAGCGCGCGGCGCGGCGC